AUGUGGCGCGCCACCGGCUACACACCUAGCGCCUUUGUCUUUCCAGAGUCCAUUAAAUUGUUCCCGGGAAAUCAAGCAAUCUCUGAUCACUUGUUCCAGUGCCUGUUAGCGUUGUCAUGGGUGCGUGAGUUGGUGAUGGCUUCAUUGACAAAUCCUAUUUCAUCUCUCCGAAGCUAUUGUAGAAUUGAGGGUCUACAGUUUCAUCAGAGAGUUAUUGAUGAAACUGGUCUUCCACAUGAGCGAUUGUUUCAUGUACAGACUAUUGUAACAAGACAGCAGAACGCAAUAAUCCCUAAUUUGUUUGAUGGUUUUGGCCAUUCCAUUAAAGUCGCGAAAAGAAACUCUGCGCUCACGGCGCUGUCUUCUUUGAAUCAACAGAAUGAGCUUCCCCUUGAUGCCUCGCCUAGACAAGAUGGUUUGGAGUCCAUACUGAGACUUUUUGAUGCCGAACUUUUGCCGUCAAAGCAUUCGUACGCAGACCUAGUCAAGUUAGGGAGGCUGUUCAAAGUACCGAUACGACUAUUUAAAUCUGGACUGGAUCACUGUGUGUCAUUUUGCGAAUGCAAGUUUCUUUCGCCGCUGGGAUAUCAGGAAGCGAGCUUCAAAGCUUUGAGCGCAAUUCGCGCACUGGUGGAAAAGAUGGAUGAAAUCUGCAUUCAAAGUUUUGUUUGGAAAGUCGGUCUUCUUGCACGUCUCCGAGGUUUUUCAGUAUCUUACGAAGUUAUGAAACACGUUUCAAAAUCUCAAUUUUCCGCAUCCUGUGUCCUGUUCCCACUUAUCAAAACCGAGGCAUCCGCAAAAAGUGUGAAGCGAGCAAAGGAGCUUGCCGCGCGUCUAAUGCUUGACAAAUUCAAGAGCGGUGAUAUUACUAGAUGUUCACCGUUGCAGAAUUCAAUAAAGCCUCCAACAGCAAAUCGGAGAGGAGACAAUGCUGCUUCGCGGGGCGAUCUGACGUACACAGGUUCCCUCCAUCCUGUUGAGCGUUUGGAGCUCAAUCAACGCAUCAACGAUGAGCCACCACCUGUUUACACCGUAGAGAAAUUGUCACCUUCGAUUCCUGCAUCACUUUCUCGUAGAAGCGGCGGAACCAACAAAGCAAACCACCGAUCAGUAAAAUUUCGUUAUUUUUGCAGACUGGGCGAGAUGGUUAUUCGAGGUGCUGCGUGCGAUAACAAGCGGCUUGCCAAGCGGUCGGCCGCAGAGAGGGCAUUGCAAGCCAUAGGGAUUAGUCCCUAUCCUCACUUAGCACGGUCUGCUGUCUCGCCUCCCCCAGCCCUCCACCACUCCGCCCCAGGUGCAGUGGGGCGUCAACAGGAGAAAAUUGAAGGUAACAUGGAUACUACUAGCAAAUAUCAUAUCGGGACUACUGGACUUAACAAAGAAAAUUGUCUCAAUUGGAAAUCCGAGGAGCAACAGCUCCCAAGUCCGCGUCAGGAGGCCGUUGCCUGGCAGUUGCUCUCACAACUCAUUCGUGUGCUCGCUUUCCAGAGGCCCAACGAUAACUUCUCUGCUACCGCAGAAUUUGUCAGUCCGGACACCCAGUUGCUUCAGAUGUGCAGCCGUUUUGGCAUUCCCUGCAAACUGACCGAGUUACCUGGCUUUAAGUUUACUGGGGGUGGAGCUCCAGUAUUUCAAACAAGAAAGUUCCAUAAUUUCGUGGGUUUGGGCUGCGCGUUCUUGCUGCAAAUUGGUGGAAAUCAUCUAGGUUCUCUUUGUUUGCCAUCCGCCACUGGUACGGAGAGGGGGUAUUGGACUUCGAGCAGAGGGGCAAUUCGUUUGGAAUGCCAACACAAUGGCAGAGGUGGUUGCUUUUUAUCUACUGCUGCGAACAGAGAAACUUGCAGGAGAAGUUUGGCGUUGUAUGUUCUACGAGGUCUUCCUGAUCUUUCCGAGUAA